AUGGCAAGAAUCACGGCAGUUCUCGCUUUUUCGCUUGCGAUAGCCAUCUCCGCGGCCGAGACCACUCAGAGUCGGGCUCCUCCGCGUAGACUCACCCUCGACGACAUCAUUCCAACCACCGACCACACGUCCGGCCAAGUCAAAUGUUGUCCCCAAGGCACCGAGUUUGAUGGCCAGGCCGAGCCUCCCUCGUGUGGAGGCAAGUCGAUCCUCAGAGAUAAUCACUGUGUCACGGAUGGACAAGCCGAUUGCGGCCCUGGAUACCUGUUGCAAGGCAACGUGUGUGUCUCCCAGAAACCCCCUGCGUGCCCCUCUGGCCAGCAUUUCACGGGGACAAGCUGUGCCUCUCUCACUGGUCCCAAAUGCCAGGAUGGUAGCAAGCUUGAUGGCGGCGUCUGUGUCGAUAUCCAGCCUCCAAUUUGUUCCAAGGGCGCCUCUUUCGAUGCGGCUUCGUCGCGCUGCAUUGUUGUGUCGCAACUGAAUUGCCCCGAAAAUACCGUUGCUCAGAAUGGCCAAUGCGUCUCCAUCCAAAAGCCCUUCUGCAGCGAGGGCGCGGUUUAUAAUGAGAAGAUUCAGUCGUGCACCAUUGUCGAGUCUCCCAAGUGUCCGGACGGCACGGAGUUGCAUGGCAAGUCGUGUGUGUAUCAGGGCCCACUUGCGUGCCCCGGAGGCACUGUCGUCUCUGUCGACAAAGCCCACGGCACGGCUCGUUGCUGCCCCCAGGGAAUGUCUUGGGAUAGAAGCGUCUGUUUCGUGCAGCCGGUGAAUGGCAAAUGUCCUGACGGUAGCGAGGCGAUCCAUGGUCGCUGUGAAAAGCACUCCAACCCUCCCCCAGAGUACCCCCGGGGAUUCAAGCUUGACAAAUCACGUUGUGUUUCACAGCAGCCACCAACUUGCCCCGAACACUCUCGCUUCGAUAACGGGCAUUGCAUCGUCUCGGCCCAGCUCAAGUGCCCGCAAGGAUUUGUGUUGCUCGGCUCGGACUGCGUCACCCAGCAGCCUCCCUCAUGUCCGAUCCACAGCAGAAUCGAAGGCAACAAGUGCGUGAGUGAUUUCCCGCCGUCUUGUGAUGCUCCAGGCAAGUGGGAUGGUCGUCGGUGCGUGAUCAAUGGCCAUGCCACUUGCGAGGAAGGUAUUCACAAGGGGGACGAUUGUGUGACUGGAAAUAUCCCUUCAUGUAUCGAUGGUGCCACUUUUGAUGGAACUCGCUGUGUAUCUGUCUCUGUUCCUCGCUGCCCUCAAGGCACUGUUCUGAACGAAAACGGCCUGUGCAUGACCUCUACGCCCCCUCAAUGCCCUGCCAACACCCACUUCCAGAACGGCCAGUGUGUCUACGGUGUUCCUACCUGUCCGAUGGGCCAGAGAUAUUUCAAUGGCCGUUGCGAAAGUGCCGAGCCUCCUCGAUGUGCACAGAACUUUGUCUGGAAGGACGGCCGCUGCGUGCGGGUCACCGAGCAGCAUUGUGACAGAGGCUUUGUUCUUAAAGAUGGCCAGUGUAUCUCCACCACCAACCCGGACUGCGGCAACCUGAUUUUCAACGGCAAGUAUUGCAUUGCCAGCCCGCCAGUGUGCCCGGACGUGCCCCCCCCCCCCGGUGCCGUGUUUGAUCAGAACAGCCAUGACUGCGUUGCCUCGAGAAAACCCCAGUGCCCUCCCAACCAGCAAUUCAACGGAAAACACUGUGCCAUUAUCACCGGCGACUGCCUCGAAUUUGAGUACUGCCCUACCGGGUCAUAUGGCAAGGGUUGUCGACGCACGCCUCUUGGAGUUGUGUGUGACGGGGAUCGCUCGGAAAAGCCCAACACUCAAGACACUCCUGGGGGUCAUUCGUACCCGAACAACAACCAGCAGCCCAUCCUGAACGGCAACAACGGCGGCUGGAGAGAGACCCCCCAGAAUGGUUACCAGGAACAAGGCUACCGUGGCCAGCCCCAACAGCAAAAUAAUGGCAUGUGGAGGGAGGAGCCAGCACGCAACAACUUUGACCACCAGCAGCAGCCCGUGGCACACGGCAACUGA